AUGCUUAGUCAAGUUCAUAUUACUCUUCCUUUUAGCGAUGUGAUAGAACAAAUGCUAAAUUAUGCAAAGUUCCUUAAGGAGAUUUUGAGUGGAAAAAGGACAUGUGAUGUGGCUAAAAUAGUUAACUUGACCAAGAAUUGUAAUGCAAUAAUAAUGAACAAAAUCCCACCCAAGUUGAAGGAUCCCGGAAACUUUUUUAUCUCUUGUGUUAUUUAUAAAAUGCAAAUUGAUAAUGCCUUGUGUGAUCUAGGAGCUAGUGUUAGCAUUAUGCCAUACUCGGUAUAUCACAGACUAGAGAAGGGAGAACUUUUACCUACCAACAUUACCUUGAAAUUAGCCGAUAGAUCAAUUAGGAUCCUAAGGGGCAAGGUAGAGGAUGUUCCCUUAAGGGUAGGAAAGUUCAUUAUUUCGGUAGAUUUUGUGGUCCUUGAUAGAGAUGAGGAUUCUAAAAUUCCUAUUAUUCUUGGUAGAACAUUUCUUGCUACUUUGGGUGCUUUGAUUGAUGUCAAAAGUGCUAAGAUCUCACUUAUAAUUGGAGAUGAGGGAGUUGAAUUUUAUUUGAAUGAAAGUAUGAGAUAUCCUUCUUCAUCUCUUGAGAAUUUCAUAAGAGUUGAAAUGUUAGAUAAUCUUGUACAUUCAAUGCAUGAGCACUUGCUCACAACUAAUGAUCCUCUAGAUUGUGUUUUGUUCAACAAGGAAAAGAUAGGUGCUCCUAGAAAGGACAUGGCUUUGUAUGAGAACUUUUUAGAUGGAAGUGUUGAGGGAAGUGAUGAGAAAAUUUGCAUGCAAAUUUGUAAGCGGCUUCGAUCAAGGAAGGUAAAGGUGUUCCUAUGGUAG